UCUGUGUGAGAGCAAAGCUAGAUUUGCUGACAGGACGUAACUCAGGGAAGUCAGUGAGAGACUCGGGCAGUGUUUCUCUUACUUGGGCCACCUAAGGUGGCAAUGAGGAUGUCUCCUGAGGCAGUCCUGGCUGGGAGGGAGCCAGAGGGAGGCUGCUCUCCCUUCCUCCAGAUGUAACAGCUGCUGCCAUUGUAGGUGUCUCUGGGCUGGAGCUCGGGCUGGCCACGUGGGGCGGCACUUGCAGAGAUGAGAGAGAGCAGUGCAUUGUGUUUACAGGGUCCUGUAGAGCUGAUUUCUGCCUGAAAAAAGACCACAUUGAUAUUCCUUCUUGAUAUCCCAUCACUGCAAGCAUAGAGCACGUUCUCUGUGUGACCUUCUGCAUCUCUGAGAUCCAGGACCCUGCAGCUCAAUGUGAUCUUACAAUGAAGAAUUAUACAUUUGAGUACAAAUACUCUCAGGAAGGAGAUAUCAUCAUCGGAGGGAUCUUCACUGUACAUUCCUGGGUGAGACUGUGGAGAGAAAAAGGGAAAACUUUUUAUAACAAGAUGUGUAUAGGUGCUCACCCCAGAGAAUAUACACAUCUGAGGGCUUUUCUCUUUGCUAUAGAAGAAAUUAACAAUAGAUCAGAUAUCCUUCCCAAUGUCACCCUGGGAUAUCACAUAUAUGACUCUUGUGGACAUGAGAAUAAAGUUAUAAAAGAUGUUCUGCAGAUACUGUCUGGACACACAGUGACAGCUCCAAACUAUUCCUGUAUGGAGAAUGAUGCAGUGGUCGGUUUUAUUGGGGAUUUACAUUCUGGUACUACUCUCCCUAUGGCCCAGCUGUUAAGCUUAUAUGGAUAUCCACAGCUAUCACACUAUAUAAAAGAAGAUAAUAUUUUAUUAAAUGAAAAUGGAGACUGGAUAACACCGCUACAUAUUAUGAAUUGGGUAGUAAGAAUAUACGAAGGAAAUGAAAUAAUGUUAAGACCGGUUGUUGGAAGAUUUGAUGCAUCUUUUCCAGAAGAUAAACAGCUGGAUAUUAAUCCCCAGAAAAUAACAUGGAGACAUAACUCAAUUCCUAAAGGUCGGUGUAAUGACCUCUGUCUGCCAGGAACCAGAAAAGUCCUAAGAGAAGGAUAUCACAUCUGCUGUUAUGACUGCAUCUCAUGUCCAGAAGGGGAAUUUACAAAUCAUUCUGACAGUGAAAAUUGCCAGAGAUGUCCUGAAGAUGAAUGGCCGAAUGAGAAAAAGAACAAAUGUGUUUUGAGGGACUAUGAGUUUCUCUCAUAUGAAUCUGAUGUUCUUUCUAUAGUUUUCUCCAUCUUCUCCAUAUUAUUCUCUCUUAUAACUUCAUUUAUAAUUGGAAUAUUCACUUUAUUCCGGAAAUCUCCCAUUGUCAGAGCCAAUAACCAGAACCUAAGCUUCGUUCUCCUGAGCUCUCUCAUGUUCAGCUUACUCUGUGUGUUUCUAUUCAUCGGUCGUCCAGUGGAUAUAACCUGCAUGCUGAGACAAAUCUUCUUUGGGAUCUUCUUCACAGUAGCCGUGUCUUCUGUCCUGGCCAAGACCAUCAUAGUCUGCAUAGCAUUCGAGGCCACCAGACCAGACAGCUCCUGGAGAAAGUGUGUGGGGGUUAAGCUUCCUUAUUCUGUAGUGUUGGUCUGUUCAUCUCUUCAGAUCCUGAAUGCAGUUAUCUGGUUGUCAUUGUCUCCUCCAUAUCAAGAGCUUAACCUGGAUUAUCCUGGGAAGAUAAUCAUUCAGUGUAAUGAAGGGUCUGUCUUGGCCUUUUACCUCAUGUUGGGUUAUAUGGGGUUUCUGGCAGCUGUGAGUUUUGUUCUAGCUUUCAUGGUGAGGACAUUACCUGAUAUCUAUAAUGAAGCCAAGUACAUCACCUUCAGCAUGCUGGUGUUCUGCAGUGUCUGGAUCGCUGCCAUCCCGGCCUAUCUGAGCAGUACAGGGAAACACAUGGUCACUGUAGAGAUAUUUGCCAUAUUGGCCUCAGGGGGAGGAAUAUUGAUCUGCAUGUUUCUACCUAAAUGUUACAAUAUCCUGAUGGAUACUGAAGUGAACAGUAAAGGACACUUGUCCCAGAGACGCGUUAUGUGAAUGAUUCUCUGAGCUGAAUUUCUUAGAUGUUUUUUUCACUGUCCAGUUUGUAUAUUAUCGGGAUUUAUCAGGAAAGAUAUGAAGUCCAUAUAUUAUUCUGCAAAUAUAUCUGAUUCUGUGUCAUAUGUUAUUCAAAUGAUAUAAUUUCUAUGGUACAACUAUAUAUUUUGAAGGUUUUCUUCUCUAUUGUAAUGUGUUGGGCUGUGUUAGUAUCAAUUUACCGUUUAGGUCCUCUAUAGAUUGUUUAUUGCUGGUAUCUAUAAAUAUAAGAAUAGGUAUUACUUAUUUCUACUUCACCCACUAUUACUGGGACGACAAGAAAUACUGUGGGUUAUUAGCACUACUAAUACUGUAAGGCACAUAAAGUUCCUUCCUAGGAAAUUUGGGUACUAUUUAUCAUUGUUGUCUUUAAAAAGUGAGUUUUGAAGUCAUUUUUUUCUGCUUUACUAUCACAGGUGGUAGAAUAAUUUGGCUCACACCUCAGUAAAAGAGUUCAAAGAUGCAUUUUUGGAGAAUAAUAACAUCACUGGUUAUAGAUACUAGAUUUAUAGGGACAGAAUGUUGAUCCAGGGAUUUAGGAUUUAUUCUGAUGCCAUAUUUGGAGUCGGGAAGGAAUUUUUACCUCUAGUAUGAGGGUUUUUUGCCUUCCUCUGGAUCAACUCAGUAGGGACUCAUUAGGGCUGUAGGUUGAACUUGAUGGACUCUGGUCUUUUAUAAGCCUUAUGAACUAUGUUACUAUGUGAUUAUUGAGCAAGGAGGGAAGGAGUACAGUUCACGUACUGUUAGCAGUAUGGAUGUUCUUCUUGAAGAUGAGUUAAAUGAGGAAGUUGGACCGAGGAGUAUUUGGAGGUGGAAUCUGUAAAGGGAUAGGGGACGAGCAACCUACACAAGGUGGCAGUAAUGAUGAUGGAUGGUGGCCAGCCUUGGCAGAUUGAGGAAAGGCAGAACCAGCUGGCCCUCAGAAAAGCUGGCAAGGAUGGCAAACUGUAUGCCUUCUUGCUUUUGCACUGAGAGAUGUAUUGUGCUCUUGAAGGAGAGAGAUGAGUACUGGGUAACCACACUCUUAGACCCUCGGUAUAAAGCCAGAAUGGGGGAUUUUUUUUCAUCUUCCAAGAAGCAGCUCCACUUCUUCUGCAAGAGGCAGCAGCACCUUCACAUUGGAGUAAAUGAUAAAAAAAGUUUAUACAUUUGUUAUUUAAACCUGAUAUGGAAACUUUACCAAAGGGAUGCACACGAAUAACUGAACAAUCGAUAUUGGUGUACAUCCCUAUUGGGGCGCAGAGCAUCCGAUGCUUCAAGACUCCGCAUGAGAAGAUCCUGAGGACGUCAUUGUACAUGACAGAAAUGCGUCAGAAAAUGCUGGAUUGCUGCCACUCUACACCACCUAGGUUUUCUACAUUCUAUAAUAUGUAUGUUCGGUGUAACCAGUAACUGAUAACUGGCAUUUUAUUGGUGUGGGUUCACUACACAUUUACUUUUGGUGAGUCUUUUUAGUAAUCUUCAUGAAAAGUUGUGUUUUUAAGCAUUUCCUCUUACACCUUUAUGUAUAACCAGGUUGAUGCCUACCUAAGCUGUGCUCUUUCUCUGACACCAUAAGCCAUGACACCCUGGACUUCUGGGUCCCCAGAAUAGACCAUUAACAGAACCUGCCCAGUUUACCAUUGAUGUUUUGUCUUGUGCCACCUACAGUGUAAUAACUGUGAAAGUGUUCAGCAAAGCAGGAGUCACCAUCACCCCUAAACAAAUAAGAUUGUCUGCCACCAUCAAUGUGGAAAAACUCACCUUUUUUAAAAUGAAAAAGCCAUGGAUAAGUGAGGAAUUUAACCCUCCUGUACCAGAUAACCCUGAUUAGACACAACUACCACCACCACUGCCUACUCUCCACUGGCUACAACUACCACUAGUCCACCAUCCUUGCUGCUAUUACUAGCAGCCAUGCCUUUGGAUACUUCAGUGCAGGCACCUGCCAACGAAAAAUUAUACUUUAUGUAGUUUGGUUUUAAACAAGCUUUUAGUUACUAUGGGUUACCACAUGUUGCCCAAACUUUGACUUUAACUUAGUUUUAAAACCACUUAUAAACUAUUUAAAAACAUUCCUAUGGUAUUAUAUAGGGCUUUAAAGCUCUUUUUGAAUGAGUUUUAUGGGUCCGAUGAACCAAAGUUUUCAAAAGCUUACUCAUCUCAAGUCCAAACCACUCAAUUGUCAAUGAGGAGAUCAUGUAGGUUCAUUGAGGACAGUUGUAACCUAACACAGUUGUAAAAGGGGUGUGAACAUGAGUGCCCUAUCCAAAGAGAACUAAGUGAUGUUGCCCCUCAGAUGAUACUCUAGGUCACCAUUAGAAGAUCAGGUGCUAAAACUGGAGUCAGUACCACAUGGACAAUAAAAAGACCAUAGGAUUGAUUGUCGAUUGGUAUUGAUUGUACAAAAGGCCCCAUACAGUUGUAAACCGUUAGGUGGGGUCCAUUUUUAUGGUUAUUUGAAUGUAUGUAAUACAUCGUACUAACUUUAUGGUUUGAUCAUAUUUAAGGGUUACUUUUUAUUUUCUUGUUUCUUAAAUCAGACAGAAAUUGGUUUAUUUGAAGUGUAAAUUCUAGUUUUCCUGAUUCAGUGCUCGGUGCUCCCUGGAGGUUGUGACUUUUCUGACUUUGUGGUUUAUAUCAAUGAUCUGCAUUUUAUUUAUUUUAACCCCUUCAGGACCAAGCCCAUUUUGGCCUUAAGGACCAGAGCGUUUUUUGCAAUUCUGACCACUGUCACUUUAAACAUUAAUAACUCUGGAAUGCUUUUAGUUAUCAUUCUGAUUCCGAGAUAGUUUUUUCGUGACAUAUUCUACUUUAAAAUGGUGGUAAAUUUUUGUGGUAACUUGCAUCCUUUCCUUGUGAAAAAUCCUAAAAUUUGAUGAAAAAUUUGAAAAUGUUGCAUUUUUCUAACUUUGAAGCUCUCUGCUUGUAAGGAAAAUGUAUAUUACAAAUAAAAAAAAAAAUUAUUCACAUUUGCAAUAUGUCUACUUUAUGUUUGCAUCAUAAAAGUGACGAGUUUUUACUUUUGGAAGACACCAGAGGGCUUCAAAG